GUCCUAAUCCCAUCCCGACCCGACCCCCAACAGACCCGAACCGGCCCGAGAAGACCCUCAUUUUCACCGUCGUCGUCGGGGAAAACGAUGCAUAAGGCACGAAGAAGGAGGAGAAACCGUAUCGGUUAAUUUGUCUCCGCUUCUUGUCUCAAUCCCCCAACGUCGAAACCUUUGUCUAAUCGAGCUCGCAUUACUCGCUCUCGUUAACUCAGCCGAUUCAUCAUUUCUCUCCCAUCUCUUCUCAUUCGUAGUUGACUAACAGACGGCACCCGCCGUCUCUGCUUCAAGCGCCCCGCUUCCGCGACCACCGACGGCGACGGCGACGGCGACGUGGACACGGGGCAGACCAGACAGUGCCCACCGAGUGAAUCUUUCUUUUCGCGACCCCGAGGCGGCGGAAGGAGAAAGAAACGAACAUGGGGUGGUGCUAUUAUCAGGUAGCAUUGGGAAGAGCACCGCCGUCUCUAAUGGCGAAUUCCUCGGUCGUGGCGAGGGCGGAGCAGCGCCCGAUGGCUCCGCCUCCAGAUCUCCCCUUCGACCGUACCCUCUUGAGGGGCGGGUCUCUCUCCGCCUCCCGCGGCCGCCGCGAUCUCGUCUUCGUCGUCAAUCCUCGAGGUGCGAAUGGUAAGACCUGGAAGGAGUGGAAGAAACUGUUGCCGUAUCUCAGGUCUCGCCUCGGUGAAGAUUGUAACAUAUGUGAAUCAUUCACCUCUGGUCCUUGUCAUGCAACUGACAUAACGAGGGAGUCUAUUCGAGAGGGUGCUGAUGCUGUAAUUGCAGUUGGAGGUGAUGGAACUCUUCAUGAGGUAGUCAAUGGCUUCUUUUGGGCUGGAAAACCUGUCACCAAUCAAGAUACAGCAACUUCUCGCUCCACUGCUCUUGGUCUAAUUCCCUUGGGCACAGGCUCUGAUUUCGCCAGAACAUUUGGCUGGAAAAAUGAUCCUCAUGAUGCCAUUGAACGCAUAGCCAAAGGGCAAAGAUCUCAAAUAGAUGUUGGUGUCAUUGUGGGAGAAAAUGAACACCGCCAUUACUUUUUAAAUGUUGCAGACAUUCAUUUGAGUGCAAAAGCUGGUUACUAUGCUUCCAGAUACAAGCGAUUUGGAAACUUAUGUUAUGUCUUUGGCGCAUUGCAAGCCUUUAUUGGGCACCGUAACCAAGAUUUUCGAAUCAAGGUGAAUGAUGGUGAAUGGGAAACCAUUCCUCAAGUAACAGCGCUUUGCAUAGGUAAUGCCAAAUUCUUUGGUGGUGGCAUGAAGAUUACACCAAAUGCUGAUCCUUCCAGUGGAAAUUUCGAGGUUGUAAUUCUUCAGGAUUUUAGAUGGUAUGACUUCAUCUUAAAACUGCAUAAGCUCUACAAUGGGACACAUUUGUCCGUAAAUAAUGUGUCUUCGAGAAGCGUGCACUCAAUUGAAGUAGAAGAAAUAUCAGGCACUGGCAGCAUAUUUGUCCAGUCAGAUGGGGAACAUUUGGGAUUUCUACCUCGGAAAUUUCGUGUUUUACCUUCUGCUAUAGAGAUGAUUUGCUGAAGUGGCGUCUUUACAAAACUGAAUCAGGUCAAAUAAUUUGCUCGAUUGCAUACACGGGUGACAAUUUUUCACCGAGAAACUCCUUUUUUGGUCCAUUAACAGCAGAUGCAAAAUAAACGCAGGGGAAGCCCAGGGCAGAGCUUUCUGUAGAGAGGGAUCAAUUCAUUGCCGAAGCCUGUCUCCUCUGCUUUUGCCGGAUGCAUUUUACGCGUCCAUCUAGCAGGUCGAAGCCAUAGCUCUUAGCUGUCGAUCUUCUUCCCCCUGUAUUAGUCUCUAGCAUUGUGCAUGGAGUCAGAGAGAUGGCCUGGAAAGAGACAUGGUUAUGAUCUGAUAUAGAUAAAGAACAAUUUUGAUAGGAUGUUGCUUUUUGGUCGGCAUUUUUUGAUAGGAUGUUGCUUUUUGGUCGGCAUUUUCAGAGUCCCAAGUGAAAUGGCAUAUCCUCCUUUUGUAGAUACUGUUUUCUGACCAGAAAUCAUGCAUGUAGAAGAACCUCCCUCCUCCCCAAUUACAACUGUUGUUCGAUGCUUACGAAUUUUCAAAUGCUUCCAUAGAAAUCAGGAGGAAAAAAAAGUGUUUUUGCCGAAUGUAAUUUGGAAUAUUUGUAUGGACAUUCGCAGCAGUUCCUACUGCAGAUUGCAUUUUACCAAAGAUGUAAACUCACUUGAACA